UGAGGAACAUUUAUUUUUUUUUGAUUUAGGUUAGAGGAAAAGACUUUAAUGCUUAUGAAUUCGAUAUAAAUGACAAAUGGCUAACGCAUGCAAGGCUCAGGAUGUAGUGAGAUGCUGUAUGUGUUGUAACGGCGGAAAAUUCCGUUGUCAUUCCUGUUCCUCCAUUCUUUGUGAGACCUGUGUAGGAAAACAUAUGUCGAGUAAAGUGAGUACGACUCAUGACGUGUCAUCUCUGUCCUUCAGUUCCUCUCGGCCAGAAUAUCCAGCCUGCCCUGUUCAUGAAAAUCAGCAAUGUGAGAUGUUCUGUAAAACUUGCUGUUCAUCAGCCUGCAGUAAGUGCAUAACAUCCGGGGAACACAGGUCACAUGAUGUAAAGGAUUUUGCAGAAUGCUUAAGGGAAAGAAAAUCUUGUAUUGAAAAAGCAGGACAUGAAGUUAAAGAGUCUUUAAUUCCAAUUUUUGAGAAGAUGAAAGAUCAGGUUGAGGAACAGCUUAAGAUCCUUCCUACAGAAUUUGAUAGUAUUGAAGAGAAUAUAUACAAAAAUAGGGAGAAGUUGCAAAGAUUUCUUGAUAAUGUUGUCGAAGCAUCUCUCGAUGAUGCAAGAAAAAUGAAACUUUGCAUUCAGAAAGAUCUGAUGAACAAACAAGAUUAUCUCCAAAACGCUAUUAAACGUCUGGACGAAUUCCUUCAGGGCUUGUCAGAUCUGCUAGAGGCCGCUGAUACAAUGGAAUUAUUUCAUUAUAAUGUUGAUUUUCAGCAUUUACUUCGAAAUGCAGUAAAAAUCCAAAUAAAAAGCCCUAUAUUUUCUGGCAAAAUACUGUCCGAAGAGAAACUUAAAGAUCUUUUUGGUGAAAUAAGUUGUCCCGUUAAAUCAACCUUGGAAUGGCCAAAAACAGAGAAAGAUAAAAUGUCGUGCAUAAAAUCCCACCAUCUGCCUGCAUUUAGGCGUAAGGAUCUCUCUAAGUUUCGCACCACGUCUUUCUCUGAUAGUGAAGAAGAUAUGGCAGCAUCUUGGUGGAAGGAGUCGCGGAGUCAACAAGGCGUGUGCGAAUCAGUAGAAUCAAAUAGAAGGUGGGGUUGGUACCCAACACAUGCUAGAAGAAAUGCCGGAGGUGGGCUUCAACAAAGAUUUUCUGACUCCAACUUGUACAAAGGAUCCCAAGAAUCUACAAAGGAAAAUAGAUCUUCUGUAUCAACAUUCAGAGCAUCCACCUUGCCGGCAGAGGGAAUAAAACACAUUUUUCCGCGAUCCCCUUCAAUGCUCUGCAUAGACGACGUCAUUGAAUUUACCAGAUACAACGGUCUUCGAAGUAGUGGUAUUGUCAAAUAUGUCGGAAACUUAAAAGAUCGGGCGGGAAUCUUUGUUGGUGUAGAGCUUGAUGAUGAAGAAGAUGGAAAGCAUGAUGGAGUUUAUAAUGGAGUUAGAUAUUUUAACUGCAAACCCUCCAAAGGUCUCUUUGUGAAGUUUGAAAAAGUUUUCAAUAUUAUGAAAAAUCCAGUAACCUGGGCGUAAUCCAAAAGACGAAUGUGAACUACAAGAAAAACGACGAAGUUCUUUGUACAUAUAAUAUAAAAUAUGUGUGUAUAUUGAAGAAGCGUAUAAUGAAAACUAUGGUUGAUUUUCUGAUUUUAAAGAUAUGGGAUGUUUAAAUCAGUUGCUUAGAAUUACGAUUUCUAUUUUAGAAUUAAUUAGUUUUAUUUUAUUUUUGAAUCUUAUGCACAAAAAUUUCCUUGUUUUUCGAAGCAUAUUAAAGAGAUAUUUCCUCGAUUUGAUUCGAAUUUCCGUUUAGAAAAAUUAUAUUAUAUUAGUCUUGUUAUUGCCUCAAUGACAAUCAUUUCCUCUUUCAAAUUUUUAGGGGUUUUCUAACAUUAAAAGUCAAUUUCUAUGCUGCUAACGUUAUUAUGAUUGAGAUACACUCG